AUGGAUGAAAUUGAAGGUGCUACUUACGGUGAGCAAUUAUUAGAUGCCUCUAGAAGGAACAACGUGGAUUUACUGGAAUUUAUUCUGGAACAAGAUUCGAAUAUAGUUGCAAAAUUGAUAAAUGAUACCAAAGAUCCAUUUGGAAACACAUGCUUACAUAUGUGCUGUAAAUACGGGUCUUGGGAUGUUCUAGAUACUAUUCUAGAUGUUGAUUGCCCCAUUGAAAUAGAUCCCCAAAAUGUUGAAGGAGACACGCCGUUACACACUGUUGUUAAAUAUUCGGAAGAGGAACCUGAACAUGGAACUUUCAUUGCAAGUAAUCUAAUCCAGGUGGGAGCAGACCCAAGAAUAAAGAAUAAUAGCGGUCGGAAACCGAUCGAAUUAAUCCACAAUGACAAGUUUACCGACUUGAUUGACUUACUGCAAAGUGCAGAGCUUGCAGCUGACAAUAAAGGUACAGCAAUUAAUGAGAAUGAAGCUGAAGUCAUUGACGAUAGCCCAGAAGAUGGAUAG